CUGGAAUCAGCUCCACCGGACAAGAGAGGAAGUCUGGAUGUCUUCGCUCAAAAUCUGCCUGGUUUUGUGGAUAAUAUACGGUUGUCUCCCCGCGGCACGUACUGGGUGGCGCUGUCCCGCGGGCGUCAUGCCGACAUGCCGUCUAUACUGGACACCUACGGCGACCAGCCGCAUGUGCGAGCUAUUAUCAUGCAGAUGACCCCUGAAGAGAUAAUGGCACAGGCCUCAAAGUUCGGUAUCAUCGUAGAACUGGACGCUGACGGAAACAUCAUUCGAAGUCUACAGGAUCCCAAUGGCACCGUCUUCCAUUCUGUCAGCGAGGUGGCAGAGGAGAAUGGAAUCCUCUACAUUGGUUCCUUUGAUCAACCCUACGUUGGCAGACUGCCGCUAACGGUUUUCCCUUCUCCAGAAACGACCACCGUGACCCCGCCGGCUGAUUCCUCCUUCACGACUGCGCUGGGCAGACUUCUGGAAACAGUGCGCAAGACGAUGGACCAGCUGCCACUGCAGACCAUCAAAGACGCCGUCAUCAAGCUGGUGCGGCAGCUGGUCUUCGCCAAAAUCGAUGCCAAGAAGAUGGAGGAGACGAACAGCAACGCCAAAGCCGAGGUCCAGACUCUCAGGGAUCUCAUUGGCCUGCCCGGUCCCAUGGAGGUGGCCUUAGUGCAAUCCACAUGGCAGAGGUUCCUAGAAAGCCCGAACCUGACGACAGAGUUUUCUGCGAUUUUUCAGAGGAUGUUCCAGAUGGUACCAACGGCGAUGCAGGCUUUCCGAUAUGUGAACAGCACGGACUUGGACUCCUUGGUAGCAAACAAGGACCUUCAGAAGGUGGUGACGAUGAUGAUGAGCGAAGUGAACGCCACGCUUCAGCUCCUGGACCAGCCGCAGGCUCUCAUCUCUCUCAUCCGCAGCCACGGCGCUCGUCACGCCACCUACGGCGUCACCCGCCAGUGGGAGGAGACCAUGCUGAACGCCAUUCUCUACGCCGUGGAAACCAAGCUUUCACCGAGUGGCUUCAACCAGUCGGAAAAGAACGCUUGGAGAAGUGUGCUGGACAUGCUUGGCAGGAAUUUCAGACAAGGUCUGGAAGCUGAACUCUCGGUCCUUCCUACCACUCAGCAGAUGGAGCUGGUCAAAACCUCUUGGACCGACAUAGUGUCUGGCGCCGGUGCUCUUCAGGAUUUGACUUAUCUUAUUCGACAAUCUGUUCCAGAAGGAAGCGCCUAUAGCCUCUCUCUUUUCAUUUGUGGAGUCUGCCAAGUCGGACGCAGACAACCUGUUGCUGAACACCGCCAUGCAGACCCACGUGAAGAAGUUCAAGGCCGCGAUGACGUCAGUCGUGGACCUCCUGCCCAACCUCGAUGCCGCGGGUCAGAUGAUGCAAAGUGUCGGCUCCAGGCACGCUAAUUACGGGGUCAAACAAAUGUACAUCAUGACCAUGUCCAAUGCAAUCAUCUAUGCCUUAGACCUGUCGUUGUCGGCCAGAGGAAAAUUUGAUCAAGCGACGAGGGAGGCGUGGACAGUGUUCCUUGGCGCCAUGAGUCGAAAGUUCACCGAGGGCUUACGACAGGGACCAGUGCCAUAAAGCAAGUAGUAUCCGUCGUCACUUAAGGUCUUAUUCUUACGGUGGUUUUUUUAUUCCAAGCCUUGUAAUCCUUUUUUCAUUCAUCCGGUUUUAACAAUUACAUUCAAGUAAGUUUCAUGUGAAGAGAAAGUUAUUUUUAGCUGGUUGGCAAUUCAGGAACCAAAAAAUAAAGGACAUUGUUUUUAAGAUGUCCUGAGUAUGUCAGCACUAAAAGAAAACCAAAAGAAAAGACAAAACAGCCGAAGGAGAGAAGUGGUAACAUUUUGUUUAAGAUGUCAAUCAGAACCAUCUAAAAUGAAUGUCAUGUUUUAUUGUUACAUUUAUCAACAUUGCAAUCAACAAUCUGGCAUGUAAGUCUUUGAAUAAAUAUCUCUCCAAUGCGC